AUGCAUUUCAAGGAGUCGUUUACUAUGAGCGAUCGUCCUAAUGAGCGCGGCCGCCGCAACUCUCGCUGCAAGGGUGGGGCAAUUGUUUUCAACAUAUUUCUCUUGUUGCUAGGCGCUGGCGUCAAGAUGGAGCAUUUCCAGGCGGCGCUGGAUCCUCGCAAGCAGGAGCUACUGGAGGCUCGCUUUCUAGGCGCCAAGGUGAACGCAGGGGCGAUACUUGUAGAAUCCCAGCGAGUCACCAAAUUCAAGCCGAUGUCAGCUGGGUCACAAAUUCAGAUGGCACCACAAACUACUGUCAACACGGGGCAGCCACUUCAUAAUCAGGACUCCAAUAUGAGCACAGGGUCAUCGCAUAGUGAUAAAGAAGUGGAUGCAUUGACUCCUGAAAAAUCUGCGGCUAUGAGAGGUUCGAAUGCAGUUCCCGGCAGUGCUCUAGUACCACCCAGUGGUGCCACACCAACUAUAGCAAUGCCAGAGAGGAAACGGAAAAGAAAAGGAGAAGAGGGUGUAGGUGGUGGUGGGGGAGGGGGUGGCAAGCAAAGGCACAAUUCAUCAGAUAAAAAUAUCAGAGAAUAUUUUGCUAAGCACCCUUCAUCCAGUCCCGUCCGCCUAGCUGGAGCCAAGUCACCUUCACCGCAAGGUGCCAAUUAUCCUAUGUACCCACCGUCACCUUCAUCACUGCUUCCAUCAGCAAAUGACUUUUUACGUUCCGCCUCACAACAGAGACCUCACACUUCUGUAAAACAGAUUCAGACAGAACUGACAUGUGAGAGGAUACAAGAGUUAGAAACUCAAGCCUCGUCUGACUUAGAAGUAAGAAAUAAUAGAAUAGAAGAUUUAACAAGAAGUAAUGAGGAGUUAAAACAUCAAGUUCAAGCUCAGAGCAAGGUAAUAGACCAACAUAAGUCACACAUAAAUAAAUGUAUAGAAGUGGUUAAGAAAUUGUUAAAUGAAAAAAGUACUAUUGAAAAGAAGGAGGCUCGACAGAGGUGUAUGCAAAACAGAUUAAGGCUCGGUCAGUUUGUUACACAGCGUGUUGGAGCCACGUUCCAAGAAAACUGGACUGAUGGUCAUGCAUUUCAAGAGCUCACUAGGCGGCAGGAGGAUAUAACGACUGAGAAGGAGGAAAUUGAUCGCCAAAAGAAGCUGUUGCUGAAGAAGCGGCCGUCGAACAACGAGGGUGGCGGCGGGCGAGGCAAGCGGACGUCGAGCGCCUCAGCGCCCUCCACGCCACAGCCACAGCCGCUACACAACGGCACGGACGCACCGACCUUCCUCAAGCCGGACCCACUACCCAGCAUGACCUGGCAGGAGUACUAUGAGGCUGAUGAAAUAUUAAAGCUAAGGCAGAGUGCCUUAAAGAAAGAAGAUGCAGAUCUGCAGCUAGAAAUGGAGAAAUUGGAAAGGGAAAGAAAUCUGCACAUCAGGGAAUUAAAACGGAUACACAAUGAGGAUCAGAGUCGCUUCUCACAGCAUCCAGUACUAUCUGAUAGAUAUUUGUUACUGAUGCUAUUGGGCAAGGGUGGGUUCAGUGAGGUUCACAAGGCGUUCGAUUUGCGCGAGCAACGAUACACAGCCUGCAAGGUUCACCAACUGAAUAAGGAUUGGAAGGAAGACAAGAAAGCCAACUACAUCAAACAUGCUCUACGGGAAUAUAAUAUUCACAAGGCGUUGGAUCACCCUCGAAUUGUGAAGCUUUAUGAUGUGUUUGAAAUAGAUGGCAACUCAUUUUGUACAGUUCUCGAGUACUGCAAUGGACAUGAUCUCGAUUUCUAUCUCAAACAGCAUAAAACAAUUCCGGAGCGCGAAGCUAGGUCCAUAGUGAUGCAAGUGGUUUCAGCAUUAAAGUACCUGAAUGAGAUCAAACCACCCGUCAUCCACUAUGACUUGAAGCCUGGCAACAUACUGCUGACUGAGGGGAAUGUCUGCGGUGAGAUCAAGAUUACAGACUUUGGAUUGUCCAAGGUUAUGGAUGAGGAAAACUACAACCCUGAUCACGGCAUGGAUCUUACCAGCCAGGGUGCUGGCACUUACUGGUACUUGCCACCAGAGUGCUUUGUAGUAGGCAAGAACCCACCAAAGAUCAGUAGCAAGGUGGACGUGUGGAGCGUCGGUGUCAUCUUCUACCAGUGUCUGUACGGCAAGAAGCCGUUUGGACACAAUCAGAGUCAAGCUACUAUACUAGAAGAAAACACCAUUCUUAAAGCCACCGAGGUUCAGUUUGCUAAUAAACCCACUGUCAGUAAUGAGGCUAAGAGCUUCAUCCGCGCGUGCCUCGCCUACCACAAGGAGGUGCGUAUCGACGUGUUCGGUCUGGCCAAGCACGAGUACCUCCAGCCGCCGAUGCCGAAGCCCCGCGGCGCGGCGGGCGGCGGCGCUGGGUCGGCGGCGGGUGGCGGCGCGGCGGGCGGCGCGGGCGGGGCCGGGCGCUGGCGGGGCGGCGGGUGCGGCGCCGGCGGCCUUCAGCGCGGGCCUGUUCGCGGCGGGGUCGUCGUCCUAGCCGCGCCGAGCGCGCCCGCGCCGCCCGCGCCCGCGCCGCCCGCGCCCGCCGCGCCCCUGACGCCGAGGCGCGCCCCCGCCGCCCCACAGUGA